GCCGGAUGCAUUUCUCAGAAACUCGUCAAUUGGCAAAAGGCGGCAAAGACGAGUUCUAGGAGCACCGGCUGAUGAUGAUGCGGUGUACGCGAUAUGGGGCCAUUCACGGCGGUAACCUCCAAUCUAUGCACCAGCGGCCUCAUGGACCAGUGGAAGCAGCAGCUAUGACGGGACUACGCUGGUCAGAGGCAAGGCCACCAACGGCGGUUCUCGACGAAGCUUCUGGCAACACCAAAACCCCCCGGGAAGAGUUUUGGACUGGCUUGUGCUAUUGCGGUAUACAAGGAAUGGAAUUUGUUGAAGAAUUGGAAAGCGCUCUGGUGGGAUCUUCUUCUAUCCUUGAUCAGCAAUUUCUGUAUGAAUCGGAGUUUGAAGAAAGCCCGCAACAGAUCGAGGAGGAUUUAUUGAAUCACAUAGUUUGGACUCCUAGACUCUGGCGCCCUUGGGGCUUUCUGGGAGUUUCCUAUGAAGAGAAUGAUUCGGAGAGGGGAACCAUGCAAUACAACACACGAGCGAAGGAAUUCAUUUGGGAUCCUACAGAUCCACUCUUUUUGCUAUUCAAAGAUCAGACCCCAGGCUCUAUUUUUUCACGUCGAGAAUUAUUUGCAGAGGAAGAGAUGGCAAAGGCACUUCUUACGUCCCAAAUUGAGCAUAUGUUUUUAUCUAAAAACACACGCUUUUUUAGCAACAAGACGCAAGAAAAGCAUUUCGAAUUUUUGAUUCAUCGUCAGAAAUGGCUUAGAACCAAUAGUUCCUUAUCCAAUGGAUCUUUCCUUUCUAAUACUCUAUCCGAGAGUUAUCAGUAUUUAUCAAAUAUGUUCCUAUCUAACGGAACACUAUUGGAUCAAAUGACAAAGACUUUGUUGAAAAAAAGAUGGCUUUUCCCGGAUGAAAUCAAAAUUGGAUUCAUGUAAAACAGAGAUUCUCUCAUCGGAUUGAUCGAAUCGGUAUUGAUAUACAGAUUGGAUCGAUCCGAGCUCUCUUCGCAUUCGAAAGAGUAUGCCUUGAAGAGGACUCGAACCUCCACGCUUUUAGCACGAGAUUUUGAGUCUCGCGUGGCUACCAUUUCACCACCAAGGCAUCAUGAAAUCAAAUCUAUGACAAUUU